AUGGCCAACGGCCGUGGCGUCACUCGGCCUCGCCCCCUUCUCUGGGUGACGUCAUCACUUCUUGCCGCUUUUCUUUUCCUCCUCCUCUUGCCUUUGGCCCAUUUGAUUGUGAACUACCGUUUACGAAAUUUUAUUUUUGGGGGAUAUCUUUUUUUUCUUCUUUACGUUUUUGAACUUCUCCUUGCUUUACUGCCCAUGGACAAUACUAGAAAGCUUUUGUUGUUUGAUUUCGUAAUCCGUUCCUGUUCUCUUUUCGCUUGCUGCUUCUCGUAUUUUUUGCAGGCUCUACUUAGUGCCAUCGCCUUGGCAUUUCUGAUUCGCUCUCUGUUUCUGUAUUCUUCGUUUUGUCUGAGCAUAGCCAUAGAGAGGGCAUUACUCUGGCGCUCUCUCUCUCGGUAUCCAUCAUCCAUUCUGGCUACUGAUCUUGCUAAUGCAUUCUUGGCCCUUUCUUUCAUUCGAUAUUCUUCGUUCAUUCUAUUCCUUCUCUGUGCUUCAGCGUUUCUUGCUCUUUCACGGGCCCUUAUUUUAAAAAAAAUAGCAUUCAAGUUAAAAACUUCAAAUAAAAAAAAGCGUGUUUUCAAAACCAGUGGUGGUAGUUUCAUCUCGGAUUCAUCCCAAAAUAGCUCAACCCUCUCAGAUGCUUUGGAUAUUUCUGAGUAUUUAGAAUAUGAGUGGUUCGACCUGGAACCCAAAACAGAUUACACGUAUUCUAGAAGUGUCAGCUAUAAUAAUGUAAAAGGUGACAAGAUAUAUAUAAGUCCCAACAUGUCCCGACGUAGACUUCAUGGAGACACAAGUCUUCUUGGGAGUCAGGAGUCUCCUAAAAAGAUGAUUCCAACAAGUACGCAUUGGUUACGGUCACGAGAGAAAGUCACAGAUUUUUCCACACCUCAGCAUUCAGAAAACAGCUUCAGCAGUUAUUUAUCAGAAAAUAUCCAUAAUGAACAUUUGGAGAAUAAUCAAGGCUCAGCACUGCAGACAUCCAAUUCAGUAAUCAAUCGUCGACGGUCAAGUAAUAACUCUAAGCAUGAAUCUUCAAACACUAAAACUGUUACAACAAUAACAAAUACAGUGACUGAAUUUUAUGAAGAUUCAGAAGGCCAAAUAGAAAAGGGAAUGAAGGAGGCAAAUACAAGCAAAGCUAUCAAAGAGAACCAGGCUCUUUCCUCCUCCUCCUCCUCCUUCUCCUCCUCCUCAGCUGCUGCUGCCACUGCCUCCAGGGAAUUUACAAAAGAAACUGUCACCACAGAUUACCUUAUCAAAGACAAGUCAGCUGAUAUUUAUGACAAUGAUAAAGCUCUACUUUAUGGCAAAGAUAGCAACCUGGACAGCCAUUACAGGCAACAAUCGACAUCCUCAUAUAAAAGUAAUUCAGCUCAUUAUAAUAAAAAUGAGUCGGCAGGUAGCACUAGUGAGAAGUCUAGUGGCUAUUACACACAAAGUGGUAACAUGUCCCAAAAACGGUUUCUGGCCCAAAAGAUGGCAUCUGCUGUAGCUGCUUUGUCCUUACCUGGUAGCUAUUUUAAAAAGGAUACAACUACAACUGUCAAACAUAUGUAUGGCCUUGACUCUGAUACUGAUGAUUAUGAUGAUGUGUGUGGCAGGUCUACUACAGCAAAAGCUUCAGCAUCUUCAGGAAUUUAUUCCAUGUCCAGUCCCUACUAUGCAGGAACUAAACAGGCCACAGCCAGAACUGCUUCCAGAGAUGGGUUGGUUUUGGCCACUGCCAAAGGUGCAAAACGUUUGUGUACAAAGACUGUAACUACUGUUAUAGAGGUUGUUGAUUGGCUAACACUUGGAACAACACGUAAAGUUGCUUCAGUUGUUACUUCUCGUCGACUCUGUUGUUGCUGUUUACCCUUACUGCUUUUGCUGCUCCUGCCUUUAUUACUUAGUGGAUUAUGGGCAAUUGCUGAGCUAUCAGCAAAAAACUCAACAACCAUUAUCAACCAAUUAACAAUGUUGCCUUUUAUAAGAAAACCUGAGGUGAUUAUGAUUGAACGAGGAGGGGCAAGCACUUCCCAGUUGUUGCUUGAAAAACAAGUACAGAUGUUGAUUUUGCAAAUGCAAGAGACCAGAGAGAAGCAGAAUGAGCAAUUAAGCCGGGCUGAUGUAGAGGCAAUGAUAAAGUCAAUGUCUGCAGAACAACUGGCAGCCUUUAUGGGUCACCUCAAUCAGAAUGGCCUCAAACAGAAUGAACAGUUGGAAGGAUGGAAACAGGAACAGUUGGCACAUUUUGAAACCGUGAAUGAAAAAAUGAAACUCCUUAUUACAAAAGCUGAAACUUUGAACACUGAAUUAAUGGCUGCUAAGAAGUCAUUAGAAAGUCAAAGUUCAGCAAGUGGUGAAAACAAAAACAAAAUUGCACUUCUUGAAGAAUCUCUUCACACCCUUGUUGGAGAAUUCAGCCACUUGAAGAACUUCCAGCAUGAAUAUUAUAAUUUGUUUAAAAACUGCUGCAAGAAUGCCACAGCCAUUCGUUCUGAUAUCAAAGAGGAAGUCUAUGCUGCUCUCUUGAAGGUUUUGGGCGGAAAUACUGGUGGAGACAGCGGAACAGCCGAGAGUGUUGUGCAACAGACACUUACAGCCUGGCUGCAUGACAACUACAUCAGCCGUUCUGAAUUAGACAGUCAAUUGAGUGUUUUAGCCAAGACUUUAACAAAGAAACUCCAAGAUAUGUUACUCAAGGAGAAACCAAAUGCUACACUUUAUCUCUCGGGUGUUAAUUCAGGCAUUUCUGAAUCCUUUGUACGAGCCUUGGUAGAUGAUGCUCUUGUCAAGUUCAGUGCUGACAAAACUGGCAUGGCAGACUUUGCUUUGGAAUCUGGAGGUGGCAGCGUGAUCAGCACCCGUUGUUCUGAGACCUAUACAAAGAAAACAGCCCUCGUCAGUAUAUUUGGUAUUCCUCUCUUUUACAAAUCCAAUUCUCCCAGGACUGCAAUUCAGCCUGAUGUAAAUCCUGGUGAGUGUUGGGCCUUCAAAGGCAGCAUUGGAACAUUAGUGAUCCAGUUGUCUCGAAAGAUUAAAAUUACUGCCAUCAGCAUGGAACAUAUUCCUAAGUCCAUCUCUCCUCAUGGACGCAUUGACAGUGCACCCAAAGAUUUUUCAGUUUAUAGUUUAUCAGAUCUGAAUGAUCAAAAAGGUGUUUGUUUGGGGAAUUAUACUUAUGAAGAUAAUGGCAGACCUAUCCAACAAUUCUCUUUACAGGUGGAGAAUACAGCUGCAACGCAAUUGGUUGAAGUUCGUAUUUCUAGCAACCAUGGCAAUUUGGAAUUUACUUGUCUUUAUCGUUUCCGCGUACAUGGAAUUCCUGACGAUCCUUAA